CCUGCCUCUCUCAACCUCCCCGGCCACCUCCCUCCUCCUCCUCCACUCUCCCACCUCGCCGGAGACGCCACCUCUAUCCAGUGCCCGUCCCGGAAUCUCUCCUGUCAGGCGACCGACGAGCUCUGUUACAGCGCCGCCCCCAAUCAUCACCUUCCUCCUCCAGAUCCGGUGGUUGGGGAGCAGCGGCCCCAGCGACGACUCGACAAGGCGCAGCCGGCGGUGUGGAGAGGAACCGGUCUCCCCCACCCCUUCAUCAAAGACCCCAUCGAGCGAACAACUUCCUUCGGGAGGAGGCAGUUCCAGAGAUGGCGGGAGUUAGCGCUGGGACGGGGGCCAUGGGUUCUCUCAUUGGCAAGCUCGCCGCCUUGCUCGGCGACGAGUACAAGCUUCUCACGGGGGUCCGCAAGCAGAUCGAGUUCCUCGAGCGCGAGCUCAGCAGCAUGCGAACCUUGCUCGACAAGCUGGCGGGCAUGGGGGAGAGGCUCGACGGCGUGGCCAAGGACUGGAGAGGCAAAGUGCGCGACCUCAGCUACGACAUAGAAGAUUGCAUCGACCGCUUCAUGGACCGGCUUGGCGACGGAGACGCCAAGCCGAAUUUCAUGAAGAGGACCGCGCGCCGGCUCAGGACGCUGUGGGCGCGCCAUGACAUAGCCACCCAGAUCAAGGAGCUCAAAGCUCGUGUCGUUGAGGAGAGCGAGCGUCGUAACAGGUACAGGCUUGAUGAGAGCUUCUACGCUCCAUCAACGAGGGUCGUGGAAAUCGACCCGCGGAUAACUGCGCUCCACGGGGAGGUUAGGGGUUUGGUGGCCAUGGACAGCCCGACGAAGCAUGUCACCGCUCUGUUGACGGAUGACAAGGAAAUGGAGCUGAAAGUGGUGGCGAUCGUGGGAUCCGGAGGGUUGGGGAAGACGACCCUGGCCAUGGAGGUGUAUCGCAGGAUUGCAGGAGACUUUCACUGCCGAGCCUCUGUAUCUGUGUCACGCACUCUCGACCUGGACAAGCUCUUGAAGGAUAUCCUGUCUCAAAUCGACGAAGAUGCUUAUAGAAAAUGCAAGUCAGAGUGUUGGGAAAUAGAGCAACUAAUCCGAAAAACCAAACUGAUCUUGACUGGAAAGAGGUACUUCAUUGUUAUUGAUGACGUAUGGAAUGAACAAGAUUGGAAUUUGAUCAAGGCAACAUUUCCCGAUAAUAAUAAUGGCAGCAGAGUAAUUGCUACUACACGCAUUACCGGUGUAGCUAAACUGUGUUGUUCCAACUCCGGUGGUCAACCCUACCAUAUGCCACCUCUAGAUGAUUAUGAUUCUCGAAGAUUGUUCUUUAAAAGAAUUUUUUGCUCGGAGGAUUCCUGUCCCGCUGAUCUGGAAGAAGUUUCUGCUAGGAUCUUAAAAAAAUGCGGCGGUCUGCCACUAGCUAUAAUUACAUUUGCAAGUUUGCUUGCCAAUAAAACACAUACCAAGGAUGAAUGGGAGAGACUGCAAGAUUCCAUUGGUACUGGUUCUUCUCUUGAAAAUGAUGGAAACUUGAAAGGAAUGAAAGAUAUAUUGUUGCUUAGUUACUGGGAUCUUCCACACCACCUGAAGACUUGUUUAUUGUACCUAUGUAUAUAUCCUGAGGACUACAAAAUCAAGCGUAAAGAGUUGAAGUGGAAAUGGAUUGCUGAAGGAUUCCUUGCUCCACAAUGGGGGCAUAUGGAUCAAGUAGCAGAGGAUUGUUUCAACGAACUUGUUAAUAGAAAUCUGAUCCAACCAGUUUUUAAGUACGAUGGUUCUGUGAGAAGUUGCCGGGUCCAUGAUAUGGUGUUUGACCUUAUCAUAUCUUUAUCAAUUGAAGAGAACUUUGCCGCUGUUUUAAAUGGACAUGUCUGCAAUUCAUUUCCAAGGAAGAUUCGCCGUCUGUCCAUGCAAUCUGGUGACAAAGAGUAUAAAGGGGCAGCCCACGCAAUUACAGAAACCAAGUUACAUGUUCGCUCACUGACUAUGUUCAGGCCAGGUAAGCAGAUACCCCAUCUGGUGGACUUCCAUGUUUUGCGGGUGUUGGAUCUCAAAAGUUGUGAUUGGUUGGAAAACAAGCAUGUAAGAAAUAUAGGAAGUUCACGUCAGCUGAGGUAUUUAAGAAUUGAGAGUCGUAAGAUUACUGAGCUUCCUGGCGAAAUUGGAAAGCUGCGACACUUGGAGACUCUUGAUUUGAGACGUUGUUCUGCACUUCUAAGACUGCCAUCAACGGUGGUGCAGUUGCUGAAAUUGGUGCGUCUAUUUGUCAGCUUUGAUACAGUGCUGCCUGCAGUUGAGUUUGGAAGUAUGGAUGCCUUGGAGGAGGUGGACUUCUGGAAUACGGACGACCCAAUGAGAUUUGCAGAAGAGCUUAGGCAUCUAACAAAAUUGAGAAAACUGCGACACCUUGGGCAUCACAUUGUGGAUCCUAUCGGAGAUUUUGCAAUGAGAGAAAAAUUACUGGAACUUUUGGUGUCGUCUGUGAGUGAGUUGGCCAAAUGCAACCUUAAAUACCUUGUCACUGAUGGUAAGGUUGGUCAGCGUCUGUUCCGGGACCUGUGCUGCACCUAUCCGUACCUCCAUGAUCUUGCAAUUCAUCCACACAUUGAAAUGAUUCCCAAGGGAAUGACCUCCCUCAGAAAUCUGGUGAAAUUAGACAUACUGGUUGAGGAAUUUGAUAAGGAGGGCCUGCAUGUCCUUAUGGACAUGCGUUCUCUGUCCCAUCUUCGGCUAGAGAUAAGAGAUGGGAUGAAAGAAAAUCUGACCAUUGGUAAUAACGGAUUCAAGGUCCUGAAGGUGUUCCUCUUCAGAUACAGGAUAGGUUACCCUUUUAAAGUGGAGCCAGCAGAUCUACUGCAACUAACAUUUGCACCAGGUGCUGUGCCAGCACUCCAAAGGCUCGAUCUUAUGUUGAGCCCAAUGGAGGUGACGUCCGAUUUUUUCGCAAACCUAGGGUUCCAGCAUUUUUCAGGCCUUGCACACCUCCGUGCUACACUUUGGUGUGACGGAGCAGCUCCAGGCAGGGUGGAGGCUCUGGAGUCUUCCAUUGAAAAAGCAAUCGACUUGUACCCCAGUUGUGAAUUCCAGGUCGACAGAUUCCUUGAAGAUGGCAUGUUUAAGGAUGACAAGCAGUGGGAAGAGGCCGUCGCAGAAAGAAGAAAGGAGUUCGAAGAACACCGUCAGAAACUCGAAGAAAGCAGGGAGGAAGAAAUGAGACUAGCCACCACGAACUAGCUGCCCUUCUCCUGUUUUUUUUUUCUUCAAAAGACAUGGUUUUACUGCCACCACGAGAAACAAUUAUCUACAUUAUAUCCUGCACUCGUCACUUUGAAGCAAUAAGAACAUGUUCUAUAUACA